AUCAUUAAACAAUGUCUAAUUACGUAUAUACUCUUAAUAUCAUUUACUUCAACAAAAGCGGAUUUCUCUAUCACUGGAAAAAACCUUCCUUCUGCAACAAAUACCCCACAAACAUAACAGAACCUCCUUCAGUUUGUUUUUACUUUGUGUAUUUUUAUAUCUAUCAGCGACUUCGCUCCCUCAUUGGAAGAGAAUGGGAUCUCACGUCUCGAAGCAGCUUCAGCGACGAAAAGCCAUCUCCACCGAGAAAAAGACCCUCUCCGAUCUCCAGAAUUCCUGCGGCUGUGAUUUCCCUGGCUGCGACUACAAGCCCUCCGAUCUCAAAAGUUGGAUGACGGGCAUCGGCCCCGACAAGCUCCACUUCCACAACAUCGUCUGGCCUGGAACCCAUGACUCCGCCACCAACAAGAUCGGGAUUCCAUUCGUCUCCCGCCCUUUCGCACAGUGCCAGUCCCUCUCAAUCUACGGUCAGCUGGUGGCCGGCGCUCGCGUCCUCGACAUCCGCGUCCAGCAGGACCGCCUUGUCUGCCACGGCAUCCUCACCACCUACAGCGUCGAUGUCGUCCUGAAAGACCUCAAGCGUUUCCUGUCCGAAACACCGUCCGAGGUUGUGAUCCUUGAGAUCAGAACCGAGUUUGGACACGAAGACCCUCCUGAGUUCGACAAGUACCUGGUGGAGCAGCUGGGUGAGUACCUCAUCCACCAGGACGAUCACGUGUUCAACAAGACAGUCGCCGAACUACUGCCCAAGAGAGUGAUCUGCAUUUGGAAACCGCGGAAAUCGCCUCAGCCUAAACACGGGGACCAACUGUGGAGCGCAGGCUACCUGAAAGACAACUGGAUCGACACUGAUCUCCCUUCCACCAAAUUCGAGAGCAAUCUGAAGCAUCUGAGCCAGCAGCCACCCGUUUGUUCCAGGAAAUUCUUCUAUCGGGUGGAGAAUACGGUCACACCCCAGGCAGAUAACCCCGUUUUGUGUGUUAAACCGGUGACUAAUCGGAUUCACGGCUAUGCCAGGCUGUUCAUUACUGAGUGUGUCAAAAGAGGAUGCGCCGAUAAACUUCAGAUCUUCUCCACAGACUUCAUUGACAGAGAUUUUGUAGAAGCCUGCAUCGGGCUCACAUAUGCAAGAGCUGAAAGGAAGGUUUGAGAUGUGGCCAGUAUCUGCAUGGACUUAUAUCCAUCUGUUAAAAAAAUCAGAACACGGCUGUGUUACAAUUCCUUGUGCAUGAUUUUUCAAUCGUUUUCUUGUGUAUGAACAAAUGGUGUGAGAUUAAAUUUCCGCAUAUUCAUAUUUAUGAGUACGUAAA